UUCACAAGCAGAGCCGAGAGGCAGAGCAGCAGGAUUCUGUCCAAACCAAGCCCCCUAUCUAUAUCUACAGAGCUUCUCCUGCUUCAGCACAUGAGCCUAUUUAUCAACAGAGACUGAGAAACACCACCAGCAGCAGCCAUGUGCGGAUUUAAACUUGUUCUGUACUUCUCUCUGGUGUUCAGCACAGUUACAGCAAACAGCAAGGUGUUUGGUGACACAGACCAUGUGCGAAUGACCUCCGAGGGGUCUGAUUGCCGCUGUAAAUGCAUCAUGAGGCCCUUAAACAAAGAAGCCUGUUCUCGAAUGAAAGAAGGCAACACACGCGUAGAGGAUUAUUAUACGGUAGAAACGGUCAGCUCGGGUUCUGAUUGUAAGUGCUCCUGCACUGCACCACCAUCUUCUCUAAACCCAUGUGAAAACGAGUGGAAGAUGGAAAAGAUGAGAAAACAAGCUCCUGAGUUGUUUAAGCUACAGUCAAUGGUUGACCUGUUGGAAGGAACUUUGUAUAGCAUGGAUCUGAUGAAGGUUCAUUCAUACAUCAACAAAGUGAUGUCACAGAUGAACACACUAGAAGAAACCAUCAAGACAAACUUAAGUCGAGAAAAUGACUUCAUGAAGGAAAGUGUCAUUAAUCUUUCAAACCAGAUGAAAAAAUAUGACAAUUACUCAGACAUCAUGAUGAGUAUAAAGAAGGAGAUUGCCAACCUUGGAUACCAGCUACUUCAGAAAGAUGCACCAGAAAAUAAAGUACAGGACACAUCUGGAGGUAAAAACAAAGAUGCCACCAAGUUCUCAAACAAUAAAAGCACAGGGGACAAGUCAAGCACUAAAACAACAAGGGAAAGAACACCCAAAUCAGAGAAACCAAAAAAGGAGACCAGCAAAACAAAACAAGCAUCUCCACCAACACCAAGAGCUAGAGUUCCAUUGCAACAGCCAGUGGUCAUAAGAGGGGUCACCUACUACAAAGCUGGAAGGAAUGAGGAGGCAGACAACAGUGGCAGUAACAAAGAGAAUGCAGCCAGGGGAAUAUCACGUACAGAAAAACAUGACGUAAAAGCGGAAGAGGCUAUUUCAGAAACAUAUCUCAUCCAAGAAGAAAGAAUUGCAGAAUCCAAGAGAAUAAUCCCAACCACUACUAUCCUUACCACCACUGAAAACAUUACUACUACUACUACUACUACUACAACAACAACAACCACACCAACCACUAUUCCUACCACCACUACAGAACAACCCCUGACUACGUUGUCUUUUCCUGGACUUGGAUCUGAUUCAGAGUCAAUCAAUAAAGUCAGAGAAGGUGAAUGUGAAGGUACUAUAGCAUCUGUGGAGACACCAAAGAAACAUCACAGCUAUGGGCGUAAUGAGGGUGCAUGGAUGAAAGAUCCUGCGGCCAAGGAUGACAGAAUAUAUGUCACCAAUUAUUACUACGGGAAUAAUCUUGUAGAAUUCAGAAAUCUUGACAAUUUCAAGCAAGGUCGGUGGAGCAAUCUCUACAAGGUCCCUUAUAACUGGAUUGGGACAGGACAUGUGGUGUAUCAGGGAUCUUUUUACUACAACAGAGCAUUUACCAAGAAUAUUAUCAAAUAUGACCUAAAGCAGCGCUUCGUAGCUGCAUGGACUCUUCUGCAUGAUGUUGUUUAUGAAGACACCACCCCUUGGAAGUGGAGAGGACAUUCUGAUAUUGAUUUUGCAGUAGAUGAAAGCGGACUUUGGGUCAUCUACCCAUCUGUGGAUUAUGACUAUUCCCAGCAAGAAGUCAUAGUUAUUAGUAAACUUGAUCCUAAUGAUUUAUCAGUCAAGAAGGAGACCUCGUGGAAAACAGGGUUGAGACGUAACUCCUAUGGAAAUUGUUUUAUAAUAUGUGGAAUACUGUAUGCCGUGGAUGUUUAUAAUCAAAAGGAAGGACAGAUUUCGUAUGCAUAUGACACUCAUACAGACUCCGAGGCUAAUCCAAAAUUGCCUUUUAUUAAUGAACAUGCUUUCACAACACAAAUAGACUAUAACCCAAAAGAGAAGGUGCUUUAUGCCUGGGACAAUGGUCACCAGUUGACAUACAAAGUAAACUUUGUUGUCUGAUUUAGUUACUGGCUUGUUAAUAUAUAGGCAAGCCUUACACAAAGAACGCACUUUUAAACAUCAGUUAAAACAUGUUGCUUGGGGAGCAACACAAGUAUUGUCCUCUGGCUGUUAGGAGGUGAAAAUGCUCUUGCCAUGGGAAGUGUAAUGACUUAGCAAUGUGGUAUGUGAAUAAUUCAUUGUUCAGCAACAAAACACAAUUGUAAAAUAGUGAAUGGACACAGUGCUGAAUGCCUGAAAGGUAUAUAAAAAAAAAAAAAAACUCAACUUAUUGUCAGACUUCUGACAUCCAAUUUUAUUUAGUCUAACCCAGGCCUUUUCAUCAAUAAAGGAGGUCUAACAAGGACCACCAAAAAGAUGACCAAUGACCUCUAAAGCGACUUUGAAAUGCUAUAUAUAUUUUCUACCUUAACUUUUUCUUUUAUAAUUCUUUAUGUUGUGACUUUAAAGAUUAUUUACUUUCAAGAAAUCCUCAAACUGGGUUUUAUCUGCUUUUCUUGAAAGGACGUCUUUUAAUGUGUAUGUUUAUAUUUGUGUGUGUGUGUAUAUAUAUAUAUAUAAAUAUGUAUAUAAUUUUUUUUUAUUCCAAGUGGGUUGAGCAAUGCAUAACACAAUUCAUUAGCAUUAUUUUUUCAGAGUAGGUUGCCAACUGAUGCAAAAUUCCUCGUUUUUAACUAGUGCAUUGGCCAUUUUUGUCACUCUACAGCAUACACCCCAAUAUCAGCAUCCCAUGAAGCAGGUCAUUGGUGAAUCUUGUCACUAGCAACACUCAAAGGGGCUUGACCCAUCUGGAAAGCGGGCAUGUCUGCUCAGAGAAUGGGCUGGUUAUCAUGUUGUGGAUGCACACCCGGCUGCCUACUAGUAAAACAGACCAGCCACCAGUGCAAACCAUGCAGGGAGCACAGUUUCAGAUCCUGAAAUCGUGACUUUCCCACUGAAAUUGUGAAUGUUGGCAGGCAUGCUACAGUGAAUAGUAAAAUGGAUAGUGAGCCUAAUUAUUAUUCAAGCCAGUGUUUGAAUUCAAUAAAUCC